UCCGAGGCUAUUUAUUAUUCAGCGUGACUGACGAUAUCAGAACACAACAAAACACAACAGAGACGAGUUCGCGCCCGCAGUGGGAUAUUCAACUUCUACUCUUAUCUGACUGUAUUUACUGAAGUCUUUUGAGAUUAGAUACAUUACGCUAAAAUGAAUCGAAUGGGGAGUAUGUGCACAUUUGAUGAAAUCAGAUGGGAUGACAAAAUGAACGGGCACAGGACGCUCAGAUUGACUCUCCACGAGCAGAACCAGCACCAGACGCCCACCACAGAUAAGCCAAUUGGCAGAGCUUUUGCUUUGGUACAACCAACUUAUGAGAGACAGCCAUUGAAGUCUGAUCUGGUCAAGCAGUCUGAGGACCAAGGGGAAGUCAUUAAGGUAUAUCUGGAAGACCGCAAAGAAGCACAAGCCAGACACCAACAGAGUCUAAAGAUGCUCUCAGAGGAAGUUACACAAAUACAGGAGGUGAGAUACUGUCUUAAAAACCUCAGAGAGCAGAUGGCAGCUAAAAGUCACAGGACAGAACAUAAGCUGGUGUUAUCUGGCCUCAAACGAGUUAAUGGCACUCAUUCAACACUAACACAGGCCAUAAAUGGUUUAGAGAGACAGGAUAGUAUGGAUGAGCAGGAAAAAGAGAAGAUGAGGGAAGCCAGUAAGCGUCUGUAUUCUCAACUCCAAGAGGCUGAGAAGAAACACCAAGAGGAGAGAGAAAAACUGCUGGCAGAGGCACAGCAGUAUAAGAAGCAGUUAUCUGAGCAGAGUGAGUAUUUAAGAAAGGUUCAGCAAAGCAAAGAGCAACAGGACCAGCAGAUCGAGGACCUGCGACGUCUAAUGGGCGGCAUGGAGCAGGAGAGCUCCACCCUCAGAGAGCAACUCAUGACCAAAGAAGCCGAACUCCUGCAGUUGCGUGAACUGAGGGAGGAGGCCCCUGCAGGAAGGGAGAGGUUGGAAGAGCUGGAAAAGGAAAAUGCCAUUCUGAAAGAGAAGAUUCAUCACUUGGAUGACAUGCUCAAGAGUCAACAGAGAAAACUACGGCAAAUGAUUGAACAGCUUCAGAACUCACGCAUGGUGAUUCAAGAGAGAGAUAGAGUGAUCAGAGAGCUGGAGGAGAAAGUGGCCAUGCUGGAGGCAGAGAACAAACAGAUGCGUGAUCAGAUGGAUUACUACUUGGGGAGUCAAAGGUCAAAUUCCUACCUGCCAUUAGACACCAAUGCACAGAUCGUCUACAGCAAACCUCUGAGACCAUCCACCCAGACCAACAAGAGCCUGCCUUUCAUCAAAGUCAUUGAAAUUAAAUCAUGAACACUACCACAGCAACAUCACAACUAUGCUAUGACAACCGCAACAUUGUCCCAUACACAGUGCAGGAGAAUUCUAGCAACAUAACCAUCACAGACCUUCAACAAAUGACAUACGAUUGCUUUAAUGUCUAAAGGCCUUUUCUGCAAGAAUACUUCUAACCAUUAUUACGUACUCAAACUAUAAAGUAUCAAUGUAGAUUUGACAGAACAGCAACUGUUAAAGUGAACAUACCCAUUUACAUGAAGACAAGUGAAGAAAACAAAUGAAGAACUCAUUGUGACAAUUCUGAAGGGGUUCUAGAUGGAUUCUGGAGGUAUUUUGGUAUUUAUUUGAGGCUGGCCCUCUGAAGACGAUGUCUUUCACUCCAAAUUAAAAGACAGACAGAUUGUAUUGCUAAAAACCCUCACUGAGCUCUCGUUAUCUCUCAUAAUCUCCUUUGGUAUUAGCUCAGCUAAACUUUAGUGGGUUUCUGAGUUCGCAGAAGUCACAGGUGAAAAUCUGUGAGACUCUGGAUGGGAAGAACAUUUUUGUUUUAUUUUUUGCUUCAUUUUAUUUUAUUUUGAAAGACAGGGGUAUGUGAAUUAAAGAUGGAUGAAGGAUUUUCUUUUUUAAUUGUAAUAAUUUGUAAAGGCAGGAAAUGUGUUCUGUGGUACUGUUAUGGCUAUUGAGAUUUUUGUUAUCAUUCAGCCCCCAUUUCAGAGAGUCUGGAGUCUAAUAAUGCUGAUAACCGACGGUCCUGAAAGAACUGAAGGGGAGACAGUGGGUCAAGUUCAUUUUGAAACAAAAACUGCAACAAAUAUUUAUUCCAUCUAUAUGCCAAAGAGACACAGCAGGGAGAAUCUUAUGACUCACCUUCUAUGAAAAACAAAAAAACAAAGACGCUUUGUGAGUGUUUCAUAAGUUUGAAAGAAUGUAUCACUUGUCCUCCACUGAGCCAGACCAGUUUGGGCCAGUAGGGCACAGCUUGACCUCUGUUAACCAGUCCAGCCAGCCGCUGCUGUACAGUCUACACUUUCUCAGUUAGCCAUUUACAACAUUUAAUAGGCUGAUUUUAUAACACCUAGUUAGAGAAGUGAUCUGACCACCUCAAAGUAAUGUCACGUGAACCAUUAAUAAUACCACAACAGAUUAUUUAUGCUCCAUUAAUUUAAAUCUGGACAGGGUUGUUUUGAAAAACGCUUUUCAUAACCAUGUUUAUCCACCUUCACAUUUGUAGAUAGUGUGUAUAUUUUCUCUGCGUGAACUUUAACCUUUUGUGAAUUUCUUCGGCUUUAUAUUAGCAUGUAACAUCUUUUGUUAUUUUUUAAAUAAUAUUUUUGUAGUAAAAACGAGUGGUUUGCAAUUCUUGAUUUUAAUGGCAUAAAACUAAAUAAAUUAGUUUCAUGAA